AUGCGUGCUACGCCGUUGGCAUUGCUGACCUUGUGGCUAUCAGCCUCCAACUGCAAUGGAGCCUACGCACAAUCUAUUCAACCACUAGACCAGCCAAUCAAGGCGGUCUCAAGUGGUGAAUUUGGCUUGCCUCAAGAACUUCAUGUCCAGCUGCACAGUCAUCUCCCGGUGCAUGGCCGCGAUGGAGAAGCCAUCGUGCUGGGAACCUACAGCGGAGACUCCAAAACCCAGCCUGCACCGACAGAAGAUCAUGAGGAUCUUGAACGUCGAGGACUGUGGUCCUUUGUCUGGGCGGCCACCAAGGUCUUCAUCAACCCAAUGUCCUGGACGUCUGGCAUCACGCUCGGUAAUCUAGCGUGUCAAGCCCUUGGAUGGUGGAACAGUGCUCCCUCAUGGGUUUCAUGGACCUGCAACUCAUUUGGCAUCGUCUCCGCCAUGUUCUCAGUCUGGGACGGGCGUGCGGAUCUCGCCACUGCAUGGAACGAUUGGAGAAACGAGGGAUCGUAUCAGGGCAACUUGGAGAGUCUGCAGCUGCUCCCCUUCUAUGACGACUAUGGCAACGUCGUCGACAACGUUGGUCGAGGAUUGCCCAGUGUAAAGCGUGGCAAUGAGGCUGGCUACUAUGACUGGUCUGUCCUCCAUCCUCAUCUGGCAAACAGGACCAUAAUCAACGCCCUCUCUGGAAAUGCCAGCAUCUUGCACGAUGUCGGCCGCAACUAUUCCAUCAUCACCAUGGCCCACGUGCUCAACAGCACUGCUUCAAACCCUCUCCUGAUCCAGCGUUCCAUCAACGGAACUUUACUCGGCGCCCCUGUUUCCAUGUUCUUUGUCAACGGCACCGGAAGCACAGCAGGUCUUGGGUCUCACCAUGCGUUUGGCACAGUCACAGAGAAGAUGGCCAAGCGUGAUAGUGGAAACUGCGAUGGAUUUGGCAACGACAGCGGUAACAUCUACACAGACAACACGGUCGUGUGCGGAGGAGAUGGCACGACCUCGGAAGAUGGCAUCACAGGCGUGUACUACGGCAUGGAUUUCUACGGCACAGAGUCUCAGUGGGAGGAGUACGAUGCCGACGUUGGGGGCCAGUAUCCAGACAGUAACGGUGCGUGGCAUCUCGCCAGUGAGCUAUCUAGCGAUACGCAGAACAGCCAGUGGUGGCGAACCUGCUUGUGCGAUCAGGAGAGCGGCGACUAUGCGUGGACGGGAGCUCUUCAAUAUACUUGGAAUGGCGGGUUCAACGGUUAUAACGACUGUUACUCGGGUGUUUGCGGGGGAGCUUCAUAG